CGGUCCCCAACGUCCAGGGCAGCUCCCGGCGGGAGGCAUGGCUCAGUCACCGUCUCCAGAGACGGAACCAGUGACUUCUGAGCAACGGAGAAGAGCCCUCUGGUUGCACCUGGCGUUCACGCAGCGGGUCUCGCCCUGGCCGGGACAGGACUUCCCAUCGCCGCAGGACGCCCGGAGAGGGCCUGGCCUGAGCUGCAGGGAACCGACUGCGUGUUACCCGGGGGGUCGUCCCUGGGACCAGGCCUCGUCAGUCCGGAGCGCCGGGGCACAAGCGAAGGGCUUCAAGCGGGAGCGGGGGUGCCUGCUGCUGCCCAGACCACGCAGGUGGGGACGCGGAGGCUGCCUGGCGCGGCCGCUGCAGCUCUGCGCUCCGACGGCUGCCGGCCGCUGCUCCGCACCGCUCUCCGCGCCCGGGGGCCAGUGGAGGGCUGCAGAGGCGGCGCAAAUCCUCGCAGCUGCCCCUGCCCCGGCCCGCGAGUGUCACUGUCGACCUUUGGGGGAACGCAGGCCCCACUUGGGCCUCGGUCUGUUCCCAGAUGUCCCGGCUGCGGGCGCAACCAUCCGAGCGCCGCCCGGCGACUGUAACGCAGCGGGCGGCCCCGGGACGGGCCCCCCGAAGCGACUCGGUGCGUUCCUCCGGACCUUUAAAGGGACCCCGGUUCCCGUUGAAGCCUCCUUCUUCCCUCCCCCAGGCCGCGCCUCCUCUGUCAACCUCCAGGACCCCAAAGCGACCCAGUAACCUAGAAGACCAAGAGGCGGGAAAUGCUAUCUUGGAAAACUGAACUGUUUCCUCU